AUGUCCAUGUUUCAGAACAAAUCUGCAUUGAAACAGCAAUUUACAGCCGUUACUGGUUGUUCAUCUGGUGAAGUGACCAAAUGGCUUGAAAAGAGUGGCUGGAAGCUUGAUGUAGCAAUAGAUGCAUACCUCUCCAAUAAGACAUCCUCCAACACUUUAAGACCAGACCUGAAACUUGUCGAAAUAUUUGAAUCAUACAAAGAUAAUGACGGAAAUGGU